AUGGAACUUGCCUGUUUAGAGUGUUUAAAUGAACAACGAGCCCUGGAACAUCAACGACUGCAUGCCAUGGUUAAUGGACUGACAGUAUAUCAGCGUGUGGUGAACGAGGCCAUUCCGGAGCUAAAAUCAAUGGCCUCUGACAUCGCGGACGCACUUCGUCUAGCUGAUCCAUCUACUGAUGUGAAUGAGUUUCGCAAACGUUCACAUGCUGAAACUGUAUCCAACGAGACCACGAAUUCCGGAAAGGACUCUAUUAAUCAACCACACGACGCAACUCACGAACCUAAUUCAACCGGUGGUACGGUUGGUCGAUCACAGCAACGUUUACUUGAAUUACCCGGAGAGAGAAGUAUGCUGCAGCAUCUCUUAUCUCGGCGAGGUGGACCUGUAAAUAAUCAUGGUAUACAACCUUCAAACGGCAAGUCAACUUUGGAUCGGUCUCCUGUGCGCUCAGUCUGGUCAUCCGGAUUGCGUGCCGAUGAUUUCAGUCUCCGUGGUCAUUUGCGUGAGUGUCUGACACGCGAGUGUCUGUUCGAGCAUUUGGAUCUGCUGGCGAAAGAUGUGCAAAAGGAACGUCGUACAAAACAAGGUUUAUCCANCUCCCGUGAACCGGCCUAUGCAGACGCCCAAACACUGACGGAGGUCCGUCGACGCCUGUUUGUAUCGCGUGUGAGAUUAACUCAUUUGACAAACUGUCGACAGAAAUUAAUCUAUAGCCUGAUCUGUGCCUUAUCUGCUGAACAGAACGGUUCCGGUGAACCGCCAAAACACAUCUAUGUAGAUGCACUCAUUCGUGCCGGCUUUGUUAAUCUUCCUUGGACUACGGCCUUAUCACAAAUAUCGUCUGCAUCAUCUGGCGAGACCCAGGCGGUUUCCGCGCAAUCUCCCGCUGUGCGAUGGAUUCCGGUCCCGGAUUUGGAUGACGAAAGCACGGUUAACAAAUUGACCAAACCACUGGAAUGGCCUCCAUUCCCGUCCAGUGAACUGUCCUAUGAAGAUCUGAACGAAGAUCUUUUUGACUGGGAAGUUGAGCGAUUACGAUUACUGGAUGCCGACCAACGAGAGAACGAUCCUUGGGAUCCAGUUUCACCAACCGGGCUGAUUACAACUGAUGCGAUUACCGACAGUGUAACAAAGGCUUCCUNCUUCCUUGACCAUGGAGAGCGCUAA